AUGGGCCGAAGACUGCGCAACCGGCUGGAUUUGCUGACACCUUCACUUGAAACACAUGUUGAGGCUCGCCAAUACAGUACCAUGGUGAGUCGUACAGCAGAUAGAGGUCUCCACAAAUUCAAUGCCGGCGAUUCUGUUCUGGCUCGAAAUUUUGGAAGGGGAGGAAAAUGGGUGCGUGGAGUAGUUACUGAAGUCCUUGGGUAUCGUCAUUAUAUUGUCAAGGUGGCGGGUAAUCUGUGGAAACGACACAUAGACCAGCUGCUGAGACGCCCUGCAGAUGUGGCUUCGACGCGUGGUUUUUCAGCAUCCAACUAG